AUGAUGCGCCAGAGCGAGAAGAGACAGGGCCGUAUGCCGCCAUCAGAGGAGGAGGACGAUGGCCACAGCUACUUCACAUAUCGCCCUCUGUCCAACCUACCGACACCACCGCCAAGCUCCCGCGAAUCAUCCUCUACCCUCGACUACGACGUGCACGAGGGCGAUCCCGAACUCGCCAAGUUCAAAGGCCCCGCUAUCCAUCUCGUCAACCUCAUACCCUCGUCGGCCUCGCUCGCCGACGCCUCCGUCCCCCUGGUCCAGGCCCUUCUCGCCCGCUGCCACCUCCCGCUCGAGACCAUCGCCCUGGCCGUUUGCAUCCUCGACGCCCUUGACGCGCGCUUUGCCCGUCACUGGCGGGUCUCCUGCCCUCUCGCCACACCAAAGCAGAGCAAGCGCCACACCCUACCGCCUAGCCCGCACACCGCGCAGCUGCUGCACAUUGACUCGGUCGCGCCCGAGAUCAUCGUCCUCUCGGCGCUGGUGGUGGCCGCCAAGUUCACCGAGGAUCCGCAGGAGAGCACGCGCUACUACGUCGACCGCUGGGGCCGCGGCCAGUGGACGGCGGCCCAGCUCAACGCGACGGAACGCUGCAUCAUGGAGUCGCUCAACUACCGGCUCAUGCCGCUCACGGAGGACGCGUGCAUUGCAGACGCCAUGGUGGACAUGCAGCUCGCGGGCCGGCAGCAGUGCCAGAGCAGCUGGGACCAGAGGCAGCUCACGCCGCCCGAGAGCUGCGGCGAGGAUGAAGAGGAGGAGGACGUGGCUGCCACCGUGUUUGUUCCCGCGCACAGCCGGGCCAAGACGAUGGUGACGGUUGGCGUGACGGCCUUCGACUUUGAUGCAUCCGACGUGGCGACGCCACUGGCUUGA